CUUCCAUCAACAUGGAUGCACCUGUCGGCGGCAAGGUCGUGGAGGACCAGUUGAUACUGCGGAUGGACAAGACUACCCUUGAGACACGCCUCCGCGCACUGACAGAGGAGUGGGGUUUGACCCCACUGGGCCAGAACAUCGCGUUCCUGUGGUUGUCAAAGGCUGCAACGGAUGACACCGGCAACCUCACGCGUCUGAGGCAGUGGACUCUGAUGGAGCUUAACAAACAGCGACGCCCUCUCAACAUCUCCCCGUGGCAGUAUGGAUGCCCAAAUUUGUUGCCUGGGCUUACGUCCCGUCCUGUGUGGCAAGAGGAGAUGCGGACAACUUUUCCAUGGAUCCGUGCGCUUGAAGCCGCGUUUCCGCAAAUCAGGGAUGAAUUGCUUGCACUCAAGAACGACCCAUCGACGUUCCAUCCCUACCGCGCCCCAUCAUGGGCCGGAGUUAAGCAGGCUGCGGACGGAAUUGGCAGCAUCAGUCAUGAUGCAGGAGACUGGAAUGUAUUCUAUUUGUACCUUCACGACGUGGACUAUGCCGCGAACCGGCGGCGCUGUCCUGUUACGACGUCAGUGUUGGAGUCUAUCGGUGGCAACUACGAGCAUGCAUUCUUCUCCGCAAUGGCACCACAGACACACAUCACCAAACACCAUGGUCCUACUAACAAGAAACUACGAUGCCACCUUCCAUUGGUGGUGCCAUCACCCGACUGUUGCCGCCUGCGUGUUGGGGACGACAUCGUGUCCGUUCACGAAGGCGAGUGCUUUGUCUUUGACGACUCGUUUGAGCACGAAGCUUGGAACGACCACAAGUCCAAGAGCCGCAUCGUGCUGGUCGUCGACGUUUGGCAUCCAUCGCUGUCGGCGCCUGAGACCAAGUUCUUCAAGUUCCUCCAGAAAGCACGCAUGAAAGUCGAACGAAAACUCGCCGAAAACGACGCUGACGGAUUCUACCGCAUCCUGGAGGAAGCCACCCACGUCGCCGCCAGCCCUGCCGCCAUUUGGAGUUGACAUUAAGCUCAAAGAUAUGCACCACGAAUAUAUGUAGGACAAUAUUUCAGAUAUUUCCGAGUGAGUGCAC